AUGAAUCGGCUAUUGUCACUUCAAAAGGUUAGCUCUUCCUUAGUCAGAGUUUCUCAGUCGUCGAUUUGGAAAGGAAGCAUCUUUGAUCCAGUAUUUUCACACAAUUGGGUUUUACACCCAACAAUACGCUGGAAAUCUAAAGGGGCACAUGUGAAAAACGUUAAAAAAUUUGAUCGAAGUGAUAUCACUGCAGAAGUUUUAUCACUUGUAAAAGAGGAUAAAAUGAACAAAGAAUUUCAGAAUAUCUUGUCACGUUUUCAAAACUCCCUAGUCCAGCGUUUAAGUUUAAGAAUGACUCCACAGAUAUUUUUCGAUAUUAUGCUUCCUGAACUAAAUGUAAAACUUGGUCAAGUGGCGAAUAUAAUCCUGCAAAAUAAUAUGCACCAAAACAUAACCUCAAACAAUUCUCAUAACAGAGCAAAUGUAGGGAAUCACUAUCUUCUCGUCGAUCUUACUGGCAGACCUGAACUUUUUGUUCCUGCUCGGAAGGCAGUAAUUUCCUUUUUAGAUCCAUGUAAAGAUGGUUCUGGGGAAAACAGGGUUCAGUCAAUUAAUGAAUGUACAUUUACCAUACAAUUAAAUACUGUUAUUACCCAGGAAUCUCGUCAAAGAGCCCUGCUUCAAGGACAAGAAUUAUUACAUCAGACAAUUCAUGAAAUGGAUAAAAUUUAUCAUGCACAUAAUAAAUUAUUACAUUCUAAAGAAGCCAAAGAAAAAUUAAGUGAAGAUGAUCUAUUCAUAGCUCGUGAAUAUCUACGUUCAAUGAUUAAAGAACAACAUAAACUAGCUGAAGCAAUGUGGUAUCCGAAGAAAUUAGAAUUAGAAGGUGAAAAAUGA